AUGGCGGAUGCCAGUCAGAGAACUCAAAUAUGUGAGGAUUUCUUGCCAACCGUUGCCAGCGGCCAGCUCUCAGAGACGGGCGAAGGACCGCCGACAUUGCGGCAGCUGCUGGAGUAUGAGCUGCCCAGCGAGGCCGUUUGCCGAGUGAUCCUUCGAUUGAUGCGCCGUCUUCUCUGCCGAAGAUCCGAGGUCACGGAGGCGGCGGCCGCUGAGCUGGAAUGGCUUGCACCAUGGAUGCGCCAAUGGCUUGAGCUGGAAGAAGAGGAACGGCGAUCUUUGUCAAUCAUGGUGGUGAAUGGCUUUGUCUCUUUGCCAGUGCAAGUCCAGGCUCGCCAUUUGGCGCUGCUGAUUGAUGCCCACUUGGCUCACCAUUCUGUAGCAGGGUCCUUGCACCCGGAGGAUGAGGGGAACCCACAACUGGAGCGAAUCCACAGAGGUGCACGCAUCUAUCGUGCAUCGCUGGCUGCUUUGGCAGCGCUACCAGACUCAGAGUUGGACUCCAUCGGUCAGGCGGCAGUGGCAGAAGCUGAGAAGACAACAUCUCCAAUCACAAUGGCCAGAGUGGUCCUGCACUUGUCACCUGGAAGGAGAAGGCAGCUAAUGGACAUCCUUGUUCAAGAAAAUGUUUUGGAAGAAGCAUCGGCUUUGAGGCUUUUCCGAGCAUUGUCUGCACUGGAGUCGAUCCUUGGCGGAGAAGCCCUGGAGGCAGUUCUGACUGGCAUGGACGCUGCUGCCAGUGCAACUGCUGGCAUCAUGGAUCUGGGAUCUGGAAUGAUGGCUGCAGGUGCGAGUGUUCUGGACUCUGUUGCUGUUGGGACCACAAGCUCAAUGGACGCCUUGGGCUCCUGGACUUACUCAUCCAUCUUCGGACUGCAAGAUGGAGAAGCGACUGAAGUUGCUCCAGAAGGCAACCACGUCCAACCAGGGCCAGACGUGCAGGCAGUUUGUGCUUCUGCAACAUCUCAGCCCACAGGAACGAGGCCUGUCCUUGCACAAACGGAUGCGGCUCAGGAUCAACGAGACCAGCGCGACUUCCUGUAGAGUAUGAGGUGCCUCAUCUAUGGUUCCGCAUCUCCUGACGACAGCUCAAAUUCUGUCGGAUGAGAAGGCUCCAAGUGGGACACAGCACCUUCUGCCUACCCGGAGCGGAAGAUCAUUUUCCUCAGCACUUUCCGCUUAGCGGCUCCAUCACAGGAGGUCUAGCAGAUUGGUGCCUGCAGCAGCACCACGGGAUCAUUGAAGAACUUUCAGCAGCCCAUGGGCAACCUGCUAGAGCGUCACCCGCUGGAGAUGCAUGCAAUUUGCAUCAAGGAGUGUUGACAAAUAACUAGACUGCAUGGAUGAUGCAUGAGGGCGGGAAA